CCAGCCUUUGUAAAAUUUAAUAAUUGAUCCUGGAAAUAUAUCUGAAUAUUACUUUGAAGCUUUUAUAAGUUGUAUUAUGGAGGGACCUUCGUUUAAUUCAUUGUUUAAUACAUGUGAUCAAAAGGAAAUGACAGUUCUUAAAACAAAAGAAAAAAAUGUAUGCAAUAAGUCAAUUGAGUCUGGAAAGAUAUAUGAAUUACAGGAUAAAUUAUUAAUUUCUAAAAAAGAGCAAAAUUUGCCUGAUUCUAUGACAAUAACAAAAUUGCCAAAAGAAAUGAAGCAGAAUUCAAUAAAUUUAACAGGAUUUGUCUCUUCUAUUAUUAAUAGUGUUAAAGGUGCAUGGAUAAAAGCUAAAAAAGACUAUAAGAAGUCUUUAAGAAAACAAACCAAGCUUCGGCAUUUAAAGAAAUACUCAAAUUCAGAUUUCUUAAAAGUCAAAAAGACUGCACUUAAAGCACGAAAACGUUUGAAACAUGCUGAAAUAGAUAAAGAAAACGUAUCAUGUAUAUAUACUGAGCCAAUUACAUUUCAAUCGUGUGUUGAAAAAUCGCCUGUUUGUGAACUUAAAUCUCCUGAUAUACCUAUGUCUAUUGACAUAAAUGGUCCAAAUUUAGAUAAUUCUUUAACGAUUUCAGAUUCUAUGGAUAAGGAUCUUAAAGGUCCAGAACUAGUCAAAACAAAUGACUUAUACUGCUCUUUUGAAUCUUUAAAGGAAGAAUUUGAAAAAACAAAAAAGCGACUUCAAAUCUUUGAACAAAAGUAUGGACCAUUUGAACAACUUUUUCCUAAUGUCGAACACAAAGAGACAUUGGAAAUAUUUAAUACUCCUAAAACACAAAAUCAAACAAUGGUCGAUUUGGCAUCUUCAAUUCCUUCUAUUUCCAAAGAUAUUUCAACUUCUAUAGAUAAUUUAUCUAACUUUAAUCAGACUAAAAAUUAUCAACUUUUAGAUGAAGAUCCUUCUCUUGAAAUAUUGUCACCUGUUAUCUUACAAAAUAAAAAUGUUAGUUACAAUACCGAAAUUGCUUAAUUUCUAUUUUAUGCUUUUAUAUAUUAUU